UGUGGUGCAUACAUCAAACAAUGUUGUUCAGAGCCAUAUGAAUUUAAUGAUAUCCUGAUAUGUAAAAUCUUAGGAUUGAAACAGAGUGCAACUGUUCCCAUAUGAAUGUACUUUUCUAACAAGCUUAAAGCUUUCCCUAGAUUUUGGGAAUAGGAAGUUGCCUGGGUAGCUGAUGAUAGUUGUGUCACUUUGCAGCCUGGUUACUUGUAGAUGCCAGUCACAUUUUUCUACAAUCAUCUGAAAAAUCAUCACUUGAUAAACUUGUGCUUGUGCACAAAAACCACUGUCAAGUUGAAACAAGAGGAAACCCUCUGGAAGAUAUUUGAGGAUUGCAGAGGCCAGUGCAAGUGAAAAUGGACCGAGCCCUGAAGGCUCGGCGCAGAAGGGUGGAACCCGCUGCAGCCCCUGAUGGCGGUUACGCCUGGUUCAUCCUGCUGUCCUGUUUCUUCGUCUUUGGUCUGACCUUUGGCGUGAUUAAGGCCUUUGGUGUGUUCUAUGUUGAGAUACACCAGCACUUUAAAACCACAGCAGCAGGAACCUCCUGGAUUACCUCUAUUGCAGUGGCUACCAUUCAUAUUGUCGCGCCAGUGGCCUCUGCUCUAAGUGCACGCUGCAACCAUCGCACUGUAGUGACAGCGGGUGGACUAAUUUGCGGUGUUGCAGUUGUGCUUGGGGCUUUUGCCCGUAACUUGACUGAACUCUACAUAACAGUUGGGUUUCUAAAUGGAUUAGGCUAUGCAUUAACGUGGACUCCUACGGUGACCAUGCUGGGCAUGUACUUUGAAAAGAGGCGACCGGUGGCUAAUGCCAUGGCCAGUUCUGGGGAGUGCAUUAUUACCUUCGUCCUCACACCUCUGUUCCAGCUGCUGAUUGACAGCUUCUCCUGGAGGGGUGCUCUGCUAAUCCUGGGUGGCUUGCAGCUUAACAUGUGCGUUUGUGGUAUGCUGCUGAGGCCCCUGAAAACCAAAAAAGAAGGGACUUGUGUCAGUGCGCUCAAAGCAGAGGAGGAAGACUUGUCCAUGGACCUGCUUCCACAAGAGGGCAUGGAUGAGAACAAGUCGAGCAUUCAAAUCCAAAAAGGACUGGACGUAUCAGAGGGGUCUAAUAAAGAAACGUCUAAGACAUGUCUCGAAGAAGAGGAGGAACUUAAUUCGACACAAGGCUCUAUUGACAGUUCAGAGAGUCUGAAAACUAAGAUCCUACAAUAUGUUGAUUAUAGACUCAUCUCAAAUGCCCCUUUCAUGGUCUACUCUAUGUUUGGGGUAUUUUGUGCUCUGGGUUUAUUUGCCCCAUCUCUGUUCCUGGUUCCAUAUGCUCGCAGUAAGGGGAUUGAGGAGUAUCAGGCAGCUGCACUCAUGUCAAUCUCAGCUGUGAUGGACCUCUUUGGAAGAGUGUUCUUCGGUUGGUUGGCGAACCUGAGACUUGUGGAGACGGUGCAGCAGCUGACCGCCACAGUGAUCCUGCUCGGUACUGUGCUGCUCCUAUGCCCACUGGCCUCCUCAUUCUACGAGCUGGUGGCCUUUAGUGCAGCUCACGGACUGGUGUUUGGCGCCACGGUCUCCAUCCACAUCACAGUGCUGCCCGAGAUUGUGGGCGUGCAAAGGUUCGGAAGCGCACUGGGCUUUUUCAUGCUGAUACGCAGCAGUGGAGGCCUGUUCGGACCACCCAUCGCUGGAUUCUUCAUUGACAAGAUGGACAGUUAUGGGACAGGUUUCCUCAUGUCUGGGGUGGCCCUCAUUGUUUCUGCGUUGUUCUUGCUCAUCCUCUGUAAGAUGAAACCAAGGGGUCAGGCUACGGCGACAAAGAACGGACUCAGUGUUGAGGAAAAAGAGGUGGACAUGACAUGAAAACGUUUCUGUGGUUUAUGAGUUUGAGAUGGUUUCUGGAUCAGAAUAUCACUGAGCAAAAAAUUGAAAACGCCAAGAAAGUGGAGUUUGUGUAAAGCUGCAUCUGCAGGAUGAACAUUGGAGUUUUUUUUAUUUUAAUUUUUUAACUAUCUCUAUGUAUUGCCAACUGGAACAUUUGCAGCAGCAUCUGUGUCAGUAAAUGCACAAUGCAGAAACCACUCUUGAAUUUUAAUUUAAAAGUCAGUUUGAACCUGUUUGUUUUAUUAUCAGUUAUGAAACACCAAAGUGGGAAAAAAAAGCACCAAAAAAACACAAGUUGACUUUCUCUCUCUGUCUCUUUCUGCUGAACACGACCAAUACACUUAAUAUUCAGUACACUAGAAACACUCCUGCUUUGAAAGGUCGGUGGGGGUGGUGACCUGUCUGGCUCCUUAAGUGCUCAUGAUGAUAGGGUUCAUACACUGGAACCCACUCAGCAGUACUCAUGUCACCUUCAUGAGAUUCAGUGUCACCAGAAAAAUAUAAAAUAGCAAGUGAUUUUUUUUUCAGUGUUUUGUAAUAAAAUACGUUUUUUUUUGUUGAACAGUUUUUUUUUUUUUAAUCCUUUUUUGUAUAACUCUAGUAUGGUGCUCCAUAGGUGACAGAUGCAGAGAUGCUACGUUAAAACCUUGUCUAUGGCUCCCCCUAGUGGCCAGCUGCCGAUAAUGCAGUUUGGAACUUUUCCAGCUGCAAAACUGGAUCCGAACUGAUCAAAAUGUAACAGUGAAUAUAAUGGAUUCCAGAUUAAAAGAUCUCCAAAAGAUAUGUUAAAGAUAAAA